GUUUGUCCCAACAUGGCGGCACAGAGUGAGGGAGGUGGCAGAGAUGAGUUAAAAACCCACUUUGCCACCAGAGAGGGCACGUACAAAUUAAUGCCAUUGUCAGAAUAUUCGAAACCUUCACGUGUGGCAUAUAAUGGACAGACUAACACACCAGUUAAAGUGUCAUUUGUGAAUGUCAACGACGGGUCGGGCUCCCCCGAUCGGAUCUGUUUUAAUGUUGGGAGGGAGUUAUACGUUUAUGUUUACAAGGGUGUUAGAAAGGCUGCUGACCUUACAAAACCUCUGGACAAAAGGAUCUACAAGGGGACCCUGCCCACCUGCCAUGAUUUCAAUCAACAUUUUGUCACUACUGAGAGUGUGUAUCUAUUAGUUGGCUUCACAGCCGGGCAAGUCCAACUAAUUGAUCCAAUCAAAAAGGAGCUCAGUAAAUUGUAUAAUGAAGAGAGGUUAAUUGACAAGACCAAGGUGACUUGUAUCAAGUGGAUCCCGGGGUCACCCAACCAGUUCCUGGUAUCUCACGGCAGUGGUCAGAUGUAUGUGUAUAAUGAGGACUUGCCGUGUGGGCCUACACCUCCACACUACCAGCUCUUUAAGCAGGGCGAAGGCUUCUCUGUGUACACAUGUAAAACAAAGACUACUCGCAACCCCAUGUAUCGGUGGAUAGUGGGGCAAGGGGCAAUUAAUGAGUUUGCAUUUUCUCCGUGUUCACGGUAUAUUGCAAUUGUUAGUCAAGAUGGCUACCUCCGCGUGUUCAACUAUAACUCUAUGGAACUUCAUGGCACAAUGAAGAGUUUCUUUGGUGGACUUCUGUGUGUGUGUUGGUCACCGGACGGGAGGUAUCUCGUCACUGGGGGAGAGGAUGACCUAGUGACGGUGUGGUCUUUUCAAGAGAAAAGGGUUGUAUGCCGAGGUCAAGGUCAUAGGUCAUGGGUGAAUGUCGUGGCCUUUGACACGUUCACGUCAAUUGUGUGUGAUGAAGAAGACUGUGAUUACAUGGAAGAGGAAGAAGACUGUCCCCAUUCAAAAGCCAAUCAUACCGGGUCAAAAGAUUCAACUCUUGAUUUACCUCAGUCUAAUGGCUCCCAUGUCAGUUCAAAAAGUAAUUCCACGGAAGGUAAAAAUGUGACAUUCACAUCCUACAGAUUCGGUUCUGUAGGUCAGGAUACUAUGCUGUGUUUGUGGGACUUGACCGAGGACAUUGUCAGGCAGCCGUAUGGACGGUCUUGGACUAGCGUUGUGGCAUCGGCAAAUGCUGCCUCUUCUCUUCCCCGCUGCAACAGUCUACCAAACUCUCAAAAGCCCAACUCCAUUGCAAAUGAUGUGUCGGCUAUGGACGGCAAUGCUCACCAUAUACAAAAUGCUGUCAUGAAUGCCAGCAGUAAAUUUGCAACCCUCUCAGUAGCAGAUCGGAAGGAGAGUCAGGAAAAGAAGGAACACAAAAGGAACUUUAGUCUAGCGAGUCGGAACACUGAGAAAGUCAAUCUACUUAAGUCUAACCAUGUGAGGCCUAUAGACGAGUCGUUAAAACUUUUGGGGACAGCGUCCUGUCCUCGAUUAGAGGAAGUUCCCAUUCUGGAACCUCUAAUUUGUAAGAAAGUGGCGCAUGAACGUUUAACGUCUCUGGUGUUUCGAGAAGAGUGCAUAGUGACAGCGUGUCAGGAAGGACUUGUGUACACGUGGGCUCGACCAGGGAAAGUUAUACAUGAAGGAUGAAGUCCUGCAAAGUCUAAAGAUAAUGAACUUGUGAAACUUUGUGAUACACUCACAAGAAGUGCUGAGAAUGGCUGCCAAGUCAAAUCCUUCAAGAAUACACCGCAUGGAGCCAUCUUUAUUCAACAAUGAUGUUACUCCUCAGUUGCAAGCUUAGAUCCAGGGCCUUAAUGUCAUGUAAAAUGUGUCCUUCAAAGCAUCAUGAACCCCUGUAACGGUGGGCCUUAGUGUUGUGGCAGUUGUACUUGGAGCUUCAUCAAUCCUCGUAACAGUGGGCCUAAGUCUCAUGGCAAUUGUGUCCUUGGAAAUAUCAUCUACCCAUGUAACCAUUGACCUUGCUGUGUUGUGGUGAAUAUGUCUUUGGGAAGAUCUACCCUAGGCAGUGGGCCUUGGUGUCGUGGCAACCAUCCUUGCUAUGCUGUAUCCUCACAGCAGUGGGCCUUGGUGUCAUUGCAACUGUUCCUGGUCAGAUCUACCCUCACAGCACUGGGCCUUGGUGUCCUGGCAACUGUCCCUGGUCAGAUCUACUCUCAUAACAGUGGGCCUUGGUGCCAUGGCAACUGUCCCUGGUCAGAUCUACCCUCAUAGCACUGGGCCUUGGUGUCCUGGCAACUGUCCCAGGUGUGAUCUACCCUCAUAACAGUGGGCCUUGGUGCCAUGGCAACUGUCCCUGGUCAGAUCUACCCUCAACAGUGGGCCUUGGUGUCAUAGCAACUGUCCCUGGUCAGAUCUACCCUCAACAGUAGGCCUUGGUGUCAUGGCAACUGUCUAUAAGUAAGUUCUCCAUCCAUCGUAACGCUAACAGUGGGCUUUCAUGUGUGGUGGCACUGUCCUUGGUAAGAUCUGGCCCCGUAACAGUGGGUCUUAUUGUCAUGGCAACUGCACUUGGGAUCAUCACCAUCCUUGCUAUCAUCUUGGACACGGAGAUGGCUGUAACAAAGAUUCAGAACUUACCCAGACUGGUGUAGCAUGGCGUCUUUGACUGACAGAGUUGUUGUUGUUUUUAAUCCAGAAUUCUGCUCAGACAAGCAGAGAAAGACCAUCAUGGCUUGUUACCCUUGUUUUUAUUCCCUGCAGUAUGAAAUACUUAAUUAUAGCAUUUUAUUCAUCAGUUAGAGCCUUAUCCAACCCUCUGGUGUCAUCCAAAAAAGUCAUACUCUGUUGAUCAUGUUGUGAGAAAUAUUGUUAUUAUUUAUUGUACAUUGUUUGUUAUAACUUACAUGAUCGGGUCACAAAACAGUAUAUUAUAUGUACAUGUCAAUUUGAUUCAUAACAAGUGUUUGGACAUGGUAAUCAAAUACUAGUGUAAGAGUGUUGUGAACAUAUGACAGAUAAGUAACAAUAUCAACAUCAUGCUAUAUUGGACUCAGCAUACUUGCAUUAUAUUAGUGACAUUACAAUAAGAGUGCAGAUUUUAUAUUCUCAUAUCUGAUAUGUAUAUUGAAUAAUUCUUUGUAAUUUUUCCUCUGCAGCAGUCUUUGACUUCAUAAUGUUGCUAAAAUAAAUUUAACUAUUUGUUUCAAAUUCUCUCAAAAAUAGAAAGAAAAAAAAAUUGUUUAAGGUUUCUAAAUAACACUUCAAAGUUUUCAAGAAAAAAAUAGCCUGAACUGAAAUAGUGUUAGGCCCAGAUAGUGUGAUGAUCCCUAAAACCCUGAAAUUCAACUAGCUUUCAGAAGACUGUUGACAUUAAAUGAACUGACUUGGGAAAAUUUCUAUCCCUGAUUUGAAAAGAAAAUAUUUCUUAUACGAUCAUGAUAAUAUUACAUAAUUAAACAAGUAUGGCAUUAGGCUUUACAUGUGUCAUGUACAUAAAUAUUUAGGUGUAUAAUAACAUCCCUAGCACCAAGUGACAAUCUGAGGACGAACUGCAAGACAUGGUGAGAAGUAGAUUACAAAGAGACAGAUUCUCUUAUGUGAAGAAUUCCCAGGCAUGAGACAACUACAGUGUGGCCUCCACCCAGAGAGCAGAAGGUCGGGGGUUUGAUCCCAGGCCAUGUCAUACCAAAAGAUGUUAAAAGAUGGUACUUGUUGUUACCCUGUCUGGCGCUAGCAUGAAGGGGCUUAAACAAGGACUGGUCGGCUUGGAGUCAGUAUACUGUGUCUCAGUGGGGUAUUUAUGUUUAACUGUAGCAUGGUUUCUCAGUGGGCUAGCAUUAUGAAGUCGGCAUUAGUCCGGACUAGUACAAGUGCGUGCGCACACAAGUGCUCAUAUACACACAGACACAAACACUAUAUAUAUAUUAAUACAUAAGUGCAACAAUUUUGAACAUGACGUUAAACCCUAUUUCACCUCACCUCACUGCAUGUUUUUUGGAUGGGUGGAGAGAAGAAUAAAACUGCUGUCACCUGGUUGAGGGACUAUGGUCUUACUUGACACCUAUAUAUGGCCCUGUUGGCUAAGGCUUAGGAUCUGAUUCACUCUCAUUUUCAGGUUUCUUUUGUCAGACAUGGCUAGAAAGUGUGAUUUAGAGAUCUUUGCAGCUUGUGAAGUCUGGGUAGCAAUUUAAAAAGUUGUAUCUUGUGCCAACAGCUUUAACUAUUUUGUACCUUCAUAAUCUCUAAUUACCAAAGAAAACCUGUUAUCAUUAUGAGGGUACGCCAGAAACCUAUGAUUGUGGGUUUGAAUCCCGGUUCGCCCCGAUUAUGUUUCUAGGUUUGUCAGCACCAUACCCGUGCUCGUGGGUAUCACCGAAGUGGUAAACAUCUAAGACCUGCAUCACUUCGAGCUUUACUCCGACAUAAAGCUGACACGCCGCGAUAUAACUGGAAUACUGUUAAAAACGGCGUUAAACCCAACUCACUCACUCACUCACUGUUAUAAUUAUGAUGCAUUUCAUAUUGGUUUGAGCAAAUAUGUUUAUAUAGGAUCUUUUUUCGCAGAUGUUUAUAUCUAUAGACACCUCAACCUUUGCAUUUUGAUGGUUUCAUAUUUGGUUUCAAAUUCCUGUACAAUUAUAAGCUUAAAUGUUUUUAUUUGGAUGUUAUGAAUAUACGUUUCAUUCCUUAUUGGGUAGAGCCAUUUACCUUCAUCUUGUCAUCUUAAAGAAUAUUCUUCAUAGUUUGACAGUCUUCAGGUGGAAGGCCUGGAUUAGCCUAUUUGCCUUUUAGUGUUACCCUGCUUGUUUGAUAAGUAGGCCUUUAGAAUCUCCAGUGUUGAUAAUUAAACAAUCACCAGAGGGUUUAGGAUGAGGCUGUUCAAUCGGCUGUGUGUUUCCUUAGAUUGACCAGACAUGAUUACUGAUUGCUACAGAGCUAUGUGUACAUUGCUUCUCUGUGAUACUCCAGGGAUUCCUGGACCUUGUACGAGCGACGGGCGAACGAACGAGUGAAAGAAGUGUGUCUAUGAACAAUCCGACCAAUCAACGGAGUAAUAAACGUUGUUCCUGUGUGAUCAGCCCUUACAUGUUGUCAGUGUGAUUUCUACAGUGCAGAGGUGAUUGGAUUGUUUGCCUGGCGGUGCCAUAUAGUUUCAUGUUCUGCUCCUUGAGCUGUGUUCACCUUGACACUAGGGGUAAAGAACCUCAGAUGUGACAUGGCACUCUCGAAACCUAAGAUGUAUUGUGACAGUGGCACUCUCGAAACCUAAGAUGUAUUGUGACAGUGGCACUCUCGAAACCUAAGAUGUAUUGUGACAGUUGCACUCUCGAAACCUAAGAUGUACCGUGACAGUGGCACUCUCGAAACCUAAGAUGUAUUGUGACAGUGGCACUCUCGAAACCUAAGAUGUACCGUGACAGUGGCACUCUCGAAACCUAAGAUGUAUUGUGACAGUGGCGCUCUCGAAACCUAAGAU